AGCUAAGUCAUCAUAUCUGCUUAUCAGUACUGCAGAGAUUGGUGAAAUCGGAGCUUUGCUUGUAUAUAAAGCUGCGCUGACCUAAACCUAGCAUCAGUUAUCAUUAGACCACAGCAACAAACGAGUUUCCAAAAAUGUUGUUCAUUAUAUUAUUAACUGUUUUGAGUUCAGUGCUGCUCUACAUAAUUCUCAAGCCCAAUAAUUAUUGGAAGAAGAGAAAUGUACUGCAAGUCGGAGACAUAAUGUACAAGUUCAUGAUCAGUAAAUUAUCAAUGCCAGAAAUAUGUAGAGCGAUUUGCGACAAACAUGAAGUUGAAGCCAUUGGAACUUCGACCGGAACCGUGCAAACAUUGUUAUUAAAAAACACUCAAGACAUCCAGGCUGUGCUCACUGGUGAAUUCCAGAAAUUCCACAGCCGUGGCUUCUUAAUCAAUCCAAACGACAUUCUGGCCAACAAUCUGCUCUUCAUAAACGACUUUCAGAAAUGGAAAAUUAUCAGACAGAAACUCACGCCAGUGUUCACAAGUGCGAGGCUCAAGAACAUGUUCUACAUCAUGGACAGAUGCGCUCGGGACUUCGUGGAUUUAGUUGAUGAUAAUCAACACUUGAAGAAAAAGCCAUACACUUUGGUCUACACAUACACCACUGCAGCGAUUGGUGCCUCGGUGUUCGGUAUCGACACUCAAGCCAAGAGUACCAUGAAUUCUCCGUAUGUAGCCAUGAUGUGGAAAGCAUUGACACCAACAUUGAAAGCGAACCUGAUUCUCUUAACGGCGAAUGUAUUUCCUGAUUUGUACAAACUAUUUAAACUCAGAACACUUGGAGAUUACGAAAAACAAUUCAUUGGCAUCAUGAAAACUGUUAUGGAAAGCAGAAAACAUGAUACUCAAAAGAGACAUGACUUUAUUGAAAUCUGUUUAGAAUUGAAAAAGCAAGGUUUGCUGAAGGACACAACAUCAGGUUAUGAACUGGAACCCAGCGACGAAAUGCUAGCCGCACAAGCGUUUUUCUUCUUCGCCGCCGGUGCAGACACUUCAGCUACUGUAAUGCAUUUUGCUCUUACCGAACUUGCAAGUAAUCCGGAUAUAUUGGCAAGACUGCACAAAGAAAUCGAUGAAGUGUUUGAAGCUAACAAAACUGACGAAAUUACUUAUGAUGACCUGGACAAACUGCAGUACUUGGACAUGAUAAUUAGUGAGUCAAUGAGAAAGUACCCUCCCGUAGGUAUCUUACAGAGGAUUUGCACAAGGGACUCUGUUGUCCUACCAUCUGGGGUGACAGUAGAAAAGGAUGUUGUGUGCAUCAUACCCGUGAUGGCAAUUCAGAGAAACGAAAAGAACUAUCCUGAUCCCGAAGUGUUUGAUCCUGAGAGGUUUGCUCCAGAAAAUGUAUCCAACAUAAAGAAAUACACUUAUCUUCCGUUUGGAGAAGGCAACCGACACUGUCUUGGUGGCAGAUUUUCCCGAGUACAAAUAAAAGUCGGUAUGGCGAGGCUGCUGAGACGGUUCACCCUGACGCCGCAGAAGUUACAGCCGAUAGCAUUUGAGAAGAGUGCUUUCGGUCUUCGUGCUGCCGACAUUUUUUAUGACUUAAAGCUAAGAGAUUUUUAGAUAUUAUGUAUUCGAUGAAUUAUAAAACAUUGAAUGCGAAUACCGUUUCCGUUAAUGGUAUUUUACAAGUGAUCAUUGUGCUGUGACUUUGUACAUUUUUUAACUUAAUAAAUUAUUGUUUUCAUUCAUUA